AUGUUUUUGGUCAGUUUCAUAAUAUUGGCCUUCGGCCUUUGCAACGUGGCGUUGGGUCAAAAUGGCGGCUCGAGUUCCAAUAACGGUGUUCAAGCAUUUGAGAUGAUAGAGUUUUCGAAUGUUGGAUUUGCAGGAACUUACACACCAGUGAAGUCUUUAAAAAAUAUUGAUGACAGUGAUUGUACCUGCGAAGUUGACGACAAAGUGUGGUUUAGUGGUACCAAUGCGCCAAUUUCUGAUGAAGUUUCUGUGCACUUUCGGGGUCCCUUGAUUCUACAUCAAUUUGCUUAUUAUGUUUCAUCGUCUUUCACCGCGGACAACAAUCGUACUUCUAGCGAUUGGACUCGUUUGGCGUAUUACAACGCCACUACUCAGACCGCUGACAAUGUUACGUUUCUCACAAAAGCAGGUGAUAAUUCAACUUGUCUAGGAAAGGCCCUCACUUAUGCUUCUUCCAAUGGAACCUCUGAAGCCAGCGAUGCUACCGUUUUGGCGGAGGGUACCCUGAUAACAUCUGAUGAGGAAUAUGUCAUUUUCUCUAACGUAUCAUGCCCAUCCUCGGGUACUAGUAAGGGGUGUGGUGUAUACCGUAAGGGUAUCCCUGCAUUUUAUGGUUACACAGGUGUGACAAAGAUGUUCCUUUUUGAAUUUGAAAUGCCAACAGAGACUCAAGAUAACAGUACUUCAUUCGAUUACUACGACUUGCCAGCUAUUUGGUUGUUGAAUGCCAAGAUUCCAAGAACUUCUCAAUAUCCUUCAAACUCUAAUUGUUCCUGUUGGGCAAGCGGAUGCGGUGAAUUCGACAUUUUCGAAGUCAUGAAUGGUACAGAGAAGAAUCAUUUGUAUUCGACCUUCCACACCUUCCAGGGUAUUGAAGAUUUGGGAACGGGUAUUCAAGCAGAUGGAUAUAUAAGCAGAUCCACCGAUAGUGUCAUGAGAGGCGGUGUCAUAUUCGAUUCCAAUGGCGAUACAGUUGUAUUUAUGUCCAACGAUACGGUCUUUGACUCCACCAUUGAUGCUGACACUUUGAACGGCAUCCUUGCAAGUUAUUCCACAAAUGAGAUUGUCAGCACUAGACUUGAGACCAUCUCUGCGACUGCUCCUUCUACAACAUCGAAGUCUAAUGCUGCUUCGCUGUUUGAAAACACAGGUGGGUUCUUAUGGUACUACAUCUUCACUUUCUUUACUUCCGCUGCUCACAUCUUUUUGUUUUAA